GUUAAAAAAUGACAGCUGAUUAGUUUCAGCAAUUUCCUCUGGACAUCUUGUAUCACAUAUCAAUGUGACUGACUCGAUAGAAUCUGAUUAUCGGCUAUGAAUUAUUAUUCCAGGUGCAAAGGGGUUAAACAGCGGCCGUGCGGUCGCGCAUUAAGCGCGAACGACGGUUGCACAAUAAAGCGGAAUCAUCAAGCGGAAGGCAGACACGAUCCGGACUUUACGCGUGCUCUCGCUAUGAGGCAUGCGUGUGCAAGCUCUUCCAUAUAUAAAUACACGUAUGCCAGUGGGAAAAUCUCAGUCGAGCGAUACUUGGUGUCUGUAGCUUCUCGUAGCCCAUUCACACAUCUCGAGCUAAAGUCCAAAAAUCAGGACUUUAUUGCAGGAUCGCCACGUGAGUCCGCAUCAGCCACUUCCGACGUGAAGAAAAGUCUAUACUUCGUCUUAGAAGAAAUAUACAUCAAGUUCAUUGUGUGUCGGUAUACACAUUUUCUUCCUGGAAGAAGAAGAGAGAAGAUAUUUUCCAUUAUUAAAGGGAAGAAGAGAAAGUCUUCGGGUCAAGCAUUAUUCAACAUUUGAUUUUUCAAUCAAGGGAAUUCAAAGUGGAGCAAGCAUGAAGAGCAGAUCGACGAGGAGGUCCCUCCUGAUACUUUGGAUCCUGAUCCUGACGACGCUGGAUCAGAUGAUGCUCGUUUGGGCGGCUCAUCACGGCGGUCACCAUCAGCAGCGGGUGUCCAGGAGGAUCCAUCUGUCCCGCGCGAUGGAGACUACCAAGAAGUUCCUCUGCAGAGAGCCCCAGUCGAGGUCUUACAAUCUUCGCGACCUGGUGCAGAGCAUGCAUCCGAGCGAGAGGGCGAAUCAGCCGGUGUACAUCGUGCUGAAGAGAUGCGACAGUCAUUCCGGUUGCUGCGUCAGUCCUGAUCUCAGCUGCGCGCCGGUGCAGUCGUCCAUCUAUCACGAGGAGAUGGAGGUCGAAGUCUGGAGCCUGCUGACGAAUAGCACGAAGAGGGCGUGGAUCAGAGUCGAGCAACACGGCAGGUGCAGCUGCGAGAUCAGUAACGCCAGCGAGAGAUUCAGGACGGACGUUCAGCUACCUGGUAUACAGAUCCUUUGAAGAUUCUUGAGGAUGAAGCUGAAGGCUGUUCUGUCGUCUGAUCAUCCUGCAUUUUUCUGUUAGACAAUGUUAUGGUACAAAAAGAAUGGCAUUCGGUGUGAAUGGAAACCAAAGUGCGACUGGACUUGAGGUUUCUUUAAGAUUGAGUUCAGGAUUGAAGCCUUGGUUAGGAGGAAUAGACUUGCGAUGGAUACCAGUAGUGAUUUGCUCAUCAAAAGUGUUUGAAUCCAAGCGAUGCUGUGUAAAAAAAUGGAUAUAAGUGUGCUAAACAAAUGUCGAUUGAUCAUAAUUGAGAGACUGAGAUAGAAUAGAUUAGAUUGAAAUAAAUAUUCUUCUAAUACUCACUAGUAUUAUGUAACAGAAUAUCAAAGAUUAUACAAGUUUAAAUUACAACUUGCGAAGAUGUGAAGUCUUCUAGGAUCUAUUUAAUAGAAUGAAUCAUGAGUUAUUGUGAUUUCGAACAAGUAUAUCAUAGACAUUUAAGAAUACUUUGAAAGGAUUCAUGUGGAUGAUUGAGAAGAGGUAAGAGUCUUUCAAUGAUAAAUUUAAGGCCUAUAAAAAAUAUUAAAAAUUUCGAAUCGUGCCAUAUCUUCCUUUAUACAAUAUAAAGUAUUGAAAAAAAUAUAUAAAGAUGUACGAACAAUUCAUAGGAUAUACAGAAAAAUAAUAUAACAAGUUAUUCCAAUGUACUCUUCUCUAUCGUAAACACACAUUACUCAUUCUGCCUCAUAUACUUCGAGUAAUGUUAGAUGCAAAAUAAAGAUUUUAAAAAUAACAAUUAUAUAUAUAUAUAUAUAUAU